CCCAAGAAGCAGCCAUUGCUCUGUUUUCUUGUAUAGCUUGGCUUUGCCUCUUCUGCAGCUCCACAGACGUAAAGUGGUACAAAUGAUGGAAAAUGUUCAUCUGGCACCAGAAACAGAUGAGGACGACCUUUACUCUGGUUUCAACGACUACAACCCAGCCUUUGAUACUGAGGAGUUGGAGAAUGACACGGGUUUUCAGCAAGCAGUGAGAACCAGUCAUGGCAGAAGACCUCCAGUAACUGCUAAAAUACCAAGCACAGCAGUCAGCAGACCCAUAGCUACUGGAUAUGGGUCCAAGACAUCCCUGACAUCAUCAAUGGGAAGACCGAUGACAGGGACGAUUCAGGAUGGAGUUGCUCGACCGAUGACAGCAGUGAGAGCAGCUGGCUUUUCCAAGGCAGCUUUGCGAGGCUCUGCAUUUGACCCCCUUGGUCAGUCCAGGGGCCCUGCUCCUCCUUUGGAAGCCAAAAAUGAAGACAGUCCAGAAGAAAAAAUUAGACAGUUGGAGAAGAAAGUAAAUGAGUUGGUGGAAGAAAGCUGUAUUGCCAACAGUUGUGGAGACUUAAAACUGGCCUUAGAGAAGGCAAAAGAUGCAGGAAGAAAAGAGAGAGUCCUGGUGAGACAACGAGAGCAAAUCACAAGUCCAGAAAAUAUCAACUUGGACUUAACCUACUCCGUUCUUUUCAACUUGGCCAGUCAGUAUUCUGCUAAUGAAAUGUAUGCAGAAGCACUAAACACAUACCAAGUUAUAGUGAAAAAUAAGAUGUUUAGCAAUGCAGGAAGACUGAAAGUGAAUAUGGGAAAUAUUUAUUUAAAGCAGAGAAAUUAUUCCAAAGCCAUUAAGUUCUACCGAAUGGCCUUAGAUCAGAUCCCAAGUGUCCAUAAAGAAAUGAGGAUUAAAAUAAUGCAGAACAUUGGAAUCACAUUUAUAAAAACUGGUCAGUACUCAGAUGCCAUCAACUCAUUUGAGCACAUUAUGAGCAUGGCCCCGAGCCUGAAGGCAGGCUUCAACCUUAUUCUUAGUUGUUUUGCCAUUGGAGAUCGGGAGAAAAUGAAGAAGGCAUUCCAAAAAUUAAUUGCUGUUCCGUUAGAAAUUGAUGAAGAUGAUAAAUAUAUCUCCCCAAGUGAUGAUCCCCAUACUAACUUACUGAUUGAAGCUAUAAAAAAUGACCACCUUAGGCAAAUGGAACGUGAAAGGAAAGCCAUGGCAGAAAAAUACAUCAUGACAGCUGCAAAACUCAUUGCUCCUGUGAUCGAAGCAUCUUUUGCUGUGGGUUAUAAUUGGUGUGUGGAAGUAGUGAAAGCCUCUCAGUAUGUGGAGCUGGCCAACGACCUGGAGAUUAACAAAGCAAUUACUUACUUGAGACAAAAGGACUUUAACCAAGCUGUAGACACAUUGAAAAUGUUUGAGAAGAAGGACAGUAGAGUGAAGAGUGCAGCUGCGACCAACCUCUCAUUCCUGUAUUAUCUGGAAAACGAAUUUGCCCAAGCCAGCAGCUAUGCAGAUUUAGCUGUGAACUCGGAUAGAUAUAACCCGUCAGCUCUCACUAAUAAAGGGAACACAGUCUUUGCAAAUGGUGAUUAUGAGAAGGCAGCUGAGUUCUAUAAAGAGGCCCUGAGAAACGACUCUUCCUGUACUGAAGCACUUUAUAACAUUGGCCUCACCUAUAAGAAGUUAAACCGUCUGGAUGAAGCCUUGGACUCCUUCCUGAAACUGCACGCAAUCCUUCGGAACAGCGCUCAAGUUCUUUGCCAGAUAGCAAACGUAUAUGAGUUAAUGGAAGAUCCCAAUCAAGCUAUUGAAUGGCUGAUGCAGUUGAUCAGCGUUGUUCCAACUGACUCCCAAGCUCUGUCUAAACUGGGAGAGUUAUACGAUAGUGAGGGAGACAAGUCCCAGGCAUUCCAAUAUUACUAUGAGUCAUACAGGUAUUUCCCUUCUAACAUUGAAGUCAUUGAAUGGCUUGGAGCUUAUUACAUUGAUACCCAGUUCUGCGAGAAAGCCAUUCAGUACUUUGAAAGAGCUUCCCUUAUACAACCCACACAAGUGAAAUGGCAGCUGAUGGUAGCUAGCUGCUUUAGAAGAAGUGGUAACUACCAAAAGGCAUUAGCUACUUAUAAAGAGAUUCACAGGAAAUUUCCGGAGAAUGUUGAAUGUUUGCGUUUCUUGGUUCGUCUCUGCACAGAUAUUGGAUUAAAAGAAGUUCAAGAAUAUGCCACAAAACUCAAGAGGUUGGAAAAAAUGAAAGAAAUGAGGGAACAGCGCAUAAAAUCGGGCAGAGACAGCAGCGGGGGUUCUCGCAGCAAACGAGAGGGGAGCGCGGGCAGUGACAGUGGCCAGAACAAUAGUGCCAGUAGUAAGAGUGAACGACUGAGUGCCAAGCUCAGAGCUUUGCCUGGGACAGAUGAACCUUAUGAAAGUAGCGGUAACAAAGAAAUAGAUGCCUCCUACGUGGAUCCACUGGGCCCUCAGAUAGAAAGACCAAAAACUGCAGCCAAGAAAAGAAUUGACGAGGAUGAUUUUGCUGAUGAAGAGUUAGGAGAUGACUUGCUCCCAGAAUAAUAUAAACUCUAAUAUGCUGUGUGUGUGUGUGUGUGUGUGUAUAGGCCAGAAAACAGCCUCAGAUGUUCCUCAGGCACCAUCCAUCACCUUUUUACAUUUGUGGCAGGGCUCCUCUGGCCUGGAACUUGCCAUCUAGGCAAGACUGGCUGGCUGCCCCCACGGGUCUGCUUGUCUCUGCUCCCUGGCUGCGGAGAUUUAUAAGCACCACAUGCAGCUUCCUUUAAAUGGACUCUAGGGCUUGAACUCAGGUCCUCCAGCUUGCAAGGCAAGCACUUUUCCAAUUGUGCUCUCUCUAGCCAAAUAAGUCGUUUACCAAAGAAAAGAAAUUGCCUUAUAAGGUAAUGUUCAUGUUAAACCUGGAUCAAAUGUCCAAACUUUAAUUUUGUACACCGUUGAAACUUUAAAUAAGUGUAUUUUGUUCUCUGAGGAUGGAUUUGUGCUGUCAUUUUUUAAAACGGAAUAAAAACUAUGAAGCUACUACCUGAGGCUAAUGACUUCCUUAUUGGCCCACAACAAGCCAAUAAGGCUUACAGUAGUGAGCUUACUAUAUUUCACGGCUUAGAAAUUAUUAAGAUAAAUAUGAUCUUUAGUCAAGCAAUACUGCCUAGAGUUUAGAAGGUUGUCUUUGGAGUCUUUGGGAUUUUGUCUCAUUAUAAAGAUGGUUGGUUCUAUUUUGAAGGCAGUGCAAGAAAACAAGUAGAGCAAACACAAACCUGUAACCUUGCCCUUUUUCAUGGUUCCCACUAGUAAGUGCAUGGGCUGUCCCAUCCCUUGCUUUGGGUAUGAGGCUGAGGCAGGAUGGCUGGUGUGUCUUUAGAUAUGUCUGAGAGGCUCUAGAUAGUCCAAAGGAUUGGCUGCUCCAUCAUACCUGUCUUGAGACCAAUUCUUCUCAAGGAUAGUUGGUCUUGAAAUUGUGGGCUCAAAGGAUCCUCUUGCCUCACUCAGCCCCUUGAGUAGCUAAGCCUGUAAGCAAAUGCCACCUUACCCAAAAAUAUUUUAAAAUAUGAGGGUAUUGUGGGGUAUCCAACCCCAACUAAUAUAUUCCCAAUACAACCUAACAUUCAGGAAAAAUCAUGGAAGAUGAGGAAGAAAAUUGUGAGAGCCAGAUAGGACAUCUGCGUGAGACAAUGUCUUCUAUAUAUGAAGAAGAAGCUGCACACAUGAGCUCUCAACAAUAUGGCCGCCUGAAAAAGAUCAGCAUAACCAUAUCACUAGUUGACAUGCCAGUGUGAACAGGAACAAUUCCACAGGAUCCCACCUCUAGACAAGCUAUAGGUGGUCAGCACCUGUCAGAGAAUAGUCUCCUCCAGGGAUGAACUCCUGAAUAAGUGUCCAAGCUCAACUGUCAGCCCUGGCUGGACAUACUCAUAAAAAUAGCUUAUAUAUAUAUGCGUGUGUGUGUGUGUGUAAGUAUAUAUACACAAUA